UGCUUCUGUUCUGGUGCUGAACGAGCUGGGAGAGCUUCAUACUUGGAGUGUCAAUUAAAUAUUUAUGAAUGAAGUAACGUUGGAUCUAACGAGACCGUCAGCUCUGUGACCGGUGCAGGAAAAAACCAGUGCUUGGGGAUUGAAACCAAGUGCGGGGGACACGGUCUGUGUGAGAUGUGAAUGAUCCUUUGGCGUGUCGUGGGUGGUCAGAAUUACACGUGGAAAGUAUUGUGUCGGUUGUUGGCUUUCGGUCUAAUAUCUUAUUCAUAAGUUUUUCGGAACCAUUUCUGCAUUGUUCGGGUUUGAUAAAUACAGCAGCAGUUUGUUGAAGCUGGGAUAUAGACCGCUUAAUUGUUUUUUUGUUUUCGUUCGCCAUCGAAUAUCUCCUGGUGCUACAUUGUUUCAACAGAAUAUUCACACGGUCGAUUGUUUUCCGGAUGAAUUGCACGAACGGAAAAAUACUAUUGUGAUUUGAGCAUCGGAAAACUAUAAGUUCGAAGCACGUUACAUUCACGAGUGUCUGCCGAUAGUUUCGUCCCUCUCUUUCUCAUUCCACCGAAGAGUCAAUUGGAAGCAACCGGAUAUUUUGAAGUGCUCGUAGUUUCGAUGUUGGAGUAUCGAUUAUUCAUCUAGCAUUGCACAGCAUUCCUAUUUUUAUAGUGAGGUUCCGGUGAGCGGAUGUGGGGAUUUAUUGGAAUGUUUGCGGCAGCCAGUGAACGUGAAAAAGACAGCUGAAACUACGUGACAAAACGCGACAAUUUUAAUGCUUGAGCUAAGCCACAGGAAUUCAAAGCUCGCUCAGUAUUAACGACCAACCGGAAAAUUAUAAAAUCUGUGCUUAAUUGAAAAUUUACUGGGUAGAGAAGAAAAUUGUUUUGCGUGCUUUUGCGUCCUUCUGCGGGGGCAAUCAAGAUCCAUUUGCCUAAUGAACGGUUUGCUCCUGUUUGGAUAAGUGAAACUGUGUGGGAAAAGUUGUGGGUUCUCCUUCGCCGACAAAUAAACGAAACUACACGUUCUGUGCGCGUAAAAGAAAGGCUAAGAAAGUCGAAGGAGAAAUAAAAGCAGCUUAUUUAUCGCCAAUCUUGCCCGAGCAAUCGCUGGGGAUAAAUUUACGGAAAAUGGUGAAUUUAUUGGCGCAGCUGGUGAUUAUCCUAGGAUUAAUAACGAUAUCGAGCACGAGCACCGUUGGGGUGAAUAGACCUCUGUUGGAUCCGCUGACCACAACUGGGCCGAGUGCCGAAUCUUUGGCCAACACGGACGCCCUGGGAGUUGGUGGCGUUCCAAUUUUGUCACUCGAGGAUCAGGUUCGGCUGCUUACUAAGCAGCUGAACGCUCUGACCAAUCAGCGACGAGAGGAUUACAAGAUGCUGGAGAACAGCUUGAAAAAGUACGUCCGCAAGAACUCGAUGCAGCUCACGAAUGCGGAAAUCCGGGACGAGCUGGACCACUUGAGGGAAGACAUCAAAGUGCUUCGGGAGGGCAGCUCCCCGAACAAGGACCGCCUCACCGUCCAGUGGCUCUCCCAGUCCAUAUCGGAGAUCCGAUCCGAGCUGUCCGAGUUGCAGGAAUCCUCCAGCAACGUUUCCAAGGAUGCCCAGCUGCGGAACCAGCUGAGCGAAGACAUCAACACGCUGCGGGUGGACUUUGCGACCAUGAAGCUGGAACUGGAGGCACUCCGAUCCCGGCAGGAGAAAACGGAAGUCCUGGUGCGGGAACUGCGGGAGGAGGCCGUCCAGAGUGCCGAGGACAUCAGACGCAGCUUGAACCGGCAGCGAGAAAAGAAUGUCAACUCGCAGCUGCCACAGACAAUCGAUUUCGUGGAACCGGAAGCGGAUCACCGGAUGCGCCAUCAUCGCUUCUUCCGGCAGCAGCUGCACGAGCUGGAUGUCAAACAAUCGGCAAUGAAACGGCAGCUUAACGAUAUUUUCAACCAUCGAAUGGCCGAUCGUUUGCGCAGUUUAGAAAUCGAACAGCGCCGUCUGGCCAAUGCGAACUUCAACAUUAGCCGCCAAGUGGCCAGCCUGGACAAACUGCACGGAUCGAUGCUCGAGCUGCUCGAAGAUGUCGAGGGAAUUCAGAACAAGUUCGAAAAAACACUGCCGGACAUCAAGCGUGAAAUUUCCAAGGUGGAGUUCAAUGCAGCGCAAAUUUCCUCGGAACAGGGUCUGCUGCGGGAGGAAGGACACAACAUUGCCAAAAGCAUACAAGCGAUGGCCGUUAGCGUCAGCACCCUGCAGGAUGAGCGCGAAAAUGUGCACAAAUUGGAGCAACAAUUUCUGCAACUGAAGAGCGAUUUGGAUAAGAUUAGAUCCGCUGCCCUGGUGCACAAAGAAAUGGCCCAUCAUCGCUUGGAAAAGCUGGAGGCAAGCUCGCGAAACUCAUCGUCGUCAUCGUCAGCAUCGUCUGUUCCGGCGGGCAACGGAGGAUUGUCCGAACUGCAGCGUACCUCGCGGCUGGUGCAACAGUUGGAAGAUGUCGAGAACGAGUACGAAACCAUCAUCAACAAGUUGCCCCGUGAUUGCACCCAGAUCGAGCAGAUGAAACAAACGGCCAGCGGAGAAACCGGCCAAAGUGGCGAAGGAAAUCUUUAUCUGAUUGCCCCGGUUGGCCUGCACCACCCCCUGAUGACACAUUGCUCGAACGAGUGGACCACGAUUCAGCGACGCCAGGACGGGACGGUGGACUUCAACCGAUCCUGGGAGGAUUACGCUACCGGGUUUGGGUCGCCGGCCGGGGAAUUCUGGAUCGGCAACCAAGCGUUGCAUUACCUAACCAAUGACAAUUGCUCCACGUUGAGAAUCGUGAUGCAAGACAUUUACGACAAUACUUGGUUUGCGGAUUACGAUGCCUUCAGGAUUGGAUCUCGGGAGGAUGGCUUCCGUCUGGAGCUGGCCGGAUAUCACGGAAACGCUUCGGAUGCAUUCGAGUAUCAGAAUCACAUGCAAUUUUCUGCCAUCGACGUGGACCGGGAUAUAUCCAAUACCCAUUGUGCAGGCAAUUACGAGGGGGGUUGGUGGUUCUCCCACUGUCAGCAUGCCAAUCUGAACGGACGGUACAAUCUGGGUCUGACGUGGUUCGAUGCAUCCCGGAACGAAUGGAUAGCGGUCAAAUCGAGCCACAUGAUGAUUUCCCGGCGGACGGGUUGUAGUCUGGUGGGGUCAUCGGAGUCCGGGGGAGCCGCCAGCGCCGAAAGUCCGGUAAUUGCGGAACCAUUUUCUUCCGCACCUACGGCAACGGCGAUAUCCAAGUACGAGACCACAUUGCUGACCACGUUGUCAUCCGGGAGGGGAGAAGGGCCGCAUGCCGAUGUUUAGGAAUGUUAGCAAAAGAAAAGUCCAAAUGUAAAAUAGACUUUGUGCUGCUGAGAGCGAUCUGGGUGGAUGUGUGAGCUUAGAUUUCCAUCGGUUUGUAAAUUCCUUAGAAGCAUCCAGCUGUAUGAACGAGAAGAACACGGAAAUGAUGCUUUCAUGUUGCAUAGUUUGCGGCUGACAUUAGGAUUGUGUGCCUGUGUGUGGUUUUAUGUAGAGUUUUAUAAACGAAUGUUUAGGAGAUAUAGGGAUAACGCCAUAUCAUCAUUCGCUAAGGAUUACAGUAUCUUGCAGUCUCGAGUCCAUCUCAUCUUCCAGGGCCCAUCGAAGGUCCGGAAUUAGCCUAAUGGGGCAUACAAAUUUUAAAGCUACACCUACCAUUUUUAAUGGAAAUCUUUUCGGUAAGAUGUUUUUGAAAGGCAACAUAUCAACUGCUGCCGUUUAAUAUGUUUUCCUCGAAAAUUGUCUUCGUUUGUGAUUUUUUUUAUUCAUCCAAACACAACUGUCCAUCGAUUGAAAAUACCAUAAAACAAACAUUGCGGAAAUUUUAUACGAUUAAUAGUAAUACAAGGAGACAAAUUAUUAAACGCUUUUUAACACAUAGCAUCAAACCGGGAAAAUGACAUUUUCAACCAUCUACAUAUGUAUGUAUGUAUGUGUUUGUGUAUGUGUACAUUCCGUUACAUUCCUUUCUAAAUUGGAAGCUAACUGCUUCGUCCGGAUAAAGCGAGCGAGGAGCGAGCAAAAAAAACACCAAAAUGUUGAUUAGCUUUUCCCAAAAGCAUAAUCCUUCUCGACAAACUCCGUUCGGAGACACCGUCAUAUUUUUUUUCUCACCCUGCCGAAAAACAUACACACACACGACGAAGAACCGUUGAGAAUUUGUUUCUCCUUGAUUACCUUUUUAUGGCUGUUUUAUCCUUGUUUUCCGAAAAUUAUGUGUGACGCCAGCCAAGUCAGUGUGGUGACGGAAAGUGGGCCCUGAUGGGAAAAUUCUUCUCUCCCAACCCGCCCUGUUGUCCGCCUUUUUAUAACCGAAAAUGGCUGUUGGGUUGGGCUAGAUUGAAAUGAGGCAGGGGGGCGCUAAAAGAGCUCACCCAAAAAAUCGCACAUCUCAUUUUCCACGUGUGUGUGCUGUGUGUUGCGUUCGUUGGCUCGAAAGCUUAGUUCCGUCAGUAGAAACGCGUUCGUUGAUGAAGUUGUUAUGACGCUCUGGGGACCACCCGAGCCUUCCCAAUGUGCUUCGUUUUUCCUCUUUAUUGAUUAACAUAUUUGCGUAAGCGUCGAGCUGGAUUAGUCGCAGCUUUUUACGACUUUGCUGAGUACUAAAUUCUAAUUAAAUCGUUCAUACUCAAUAUGGGAUUUUCAACCCAAUUAGUUCGAAGUUUUUAUUAAAGCUGUUUUCAUAUUUCAAAAAGCAUCCCAUAUUAUUUUCAGAUUCAGUAGACAAUCUCGAGUCAGCUUGUAUGUUACGAAUAACAUAUCCAUCCUUUCUCUCGUUUUUUUUUGGUGCAAGAUAAAAAAAACGAAACAACAAUUGGGUCUCAUAUCGUGAGCUUUCAGCUUCAGUGUCAUCGCAUCCGUUAGCAGAAUUCAUGAAUGCAAAGCUUCUUAAUAUUUCAACAACAUCGAAAAGAAUUUCAAGUACAUAUCAGUGAAGCUGGAGUUACAGUGAAUGUUGAUAUAUGAUCGUGACGACUCUUCGUUUUAAGCAUCAUACGGAGAAAAAUAACGCCUUCAGAAAAAAAAUGACAACAGGUCACAAACACUUUUUUUAUCUUAAAGAGAAAACAAAAUUGCGAUAAAUAUUUUGUCAACAACGAGAACCUUAGAAUGCCUUUUUUCAAUAUUUUCAAUGAGAACCUUAAAUUCGAUACCUCAUGUUGUUUCUUAGGAAUUCACACUGGCUCAGUUCUGUAAUCAACCUUUUCAAUUAUUUGGUCUGAUCAUUAUUUGAUAAUCUCUUAGGGCUCUUCUUCUGAUGUCUUCCGGGGGAAAAGUAAGCAAAACAUCACGUACACUCACCCAAAUACCAAAGAAUUUUCGAGCAUUAAAAAUAAACAAUCCAGGAAGGAAAAGUUCCAGGCAUCCAUUUCGCAAUCUUCGGAAUCAAAGUGAAAACGAACAAAAAAAAACAGCCGGGGAUGGAAACUUUUAUUUCAAUUCCUACUGACCGAAACAAAGCGAACAAAAUGGGAAAAACAAAUGCUUCUGCCGUUUUCGUUUCAUUUGUCAGGAUUUCUAGAGCACAAAACAUUUCAUGAAACAAAAAAAAAACGGCAGAGUCUAUUGUUUACCUUUCUUGAGGUAGGGCAUUCGGUGUAAGAUGAAAUCAUAAAUACAAACACAAGUUUAUACGCGCGCUCACGUGUGCCGCAUAAAUCUCGAACUGAUGGACUGAAUAAUACUAAAAACAUGUAAAAUCCGGAUGAUCUCUGUCACGAAACAAAAGUAAUUUCGAAAAGUAUCUCAAAAUAAGUUGAUCACAUAUCAAGCUUUGAAGUAGCUUAACAGCUACUUUGUAAAUAGAAGGUUUAAAAAUUUCAUUUCAAACUAAAAUUUAAACUAUAUUUAUGAACAUCUUAUAAUUUGUUAAGCUAGUCUUACACCUCCAGUGAACCUUCCACGUUUGGCUACUUCAAAAUCUCAACACAUUUAGUUCGAUUUUUCCAUUAAUAAGAUUUCACUCUGGAAGGGUCAAACUAAUUUUUAGGUAGAAACACAUUUCUUUUCCCAUUAUAAUUUCAUAUUUUUAAAAUAUUUACCCUUCCUAUUUAAAAAAAAUAAGUCCCCUUGAAUCAUUGUUAGACCCACAAGCCUUAAACUUUCAUAUGUAACAUUUUAUUAAUUUAGAGUUUCUAUUUAAAAACAAAAUUCAAACUCUUAUGAAAAUUUCAUUUAUUUAAUUUUAUUCUUUUGAUCCUCUUGCUGAUCCCUUAAAAUUAGCCCUGGGUACCUUGGCUUUCAAAUCAACAUUGAGUCUAGUACACGAAAGUAUGAAUUAUUUCUUCUUCAAAAAUCACGAUUUGCUGAUGAUUAUAUACGCACGAAAACAAAUAAUCAACAAUAAAAGUUAGUUAGUCAGAGUCCAGUGAAAAUGAAGAAAAAUAAAACAAAUAAACACAAGUUUAAACUAAGCUAGGUAAAGAAAAACAAAUCGAGUCAUGAGUUUGUAAAUAGGCAACAUAAUCGUCAAAUAUUUUAAACAAGUUAAUUAUAGUCUCCAGAACAAGAUGGUAUAAUAUAAAACAAAAUCGAAUAAGGCAUAGAAGAAUCGAUCUGGACCGAAGGCAACAAUUUGCCAUCGUAGGAUUGAUGAUUUUAGCGCGUAUUGAGUAAGAUUUUAAUCUGCUGAAUUAAUAUAAAAUGAACAGAGCUAUAGAUUCCAAAUCGUUGAUGGCCCCUAGAGGUCAUCUGUGUGAACAUUUCACUAGUUUGUAAGCUGAUGAAAGUGUAACAAUAAAUUAUAU